CAGUCAGUGAUCUUACCGGAAGUAUCGGCGCGAAGCGAUACUGUCACUGUUUGGCUAUUGUUUGGUGCCAAUGCUGGCAAAUUCUCAGAAACUGUGUGAAGCCGACCGAUAUCUUUCUCAUUAGCAACUUACUAUCAAAUGCCCAGGGAUCGACGAGUACCGGCAAAAAACAGAGCUGAUGUCCGGAAUCAAAGAGCACUUAAGCUUCAGAAUGCAACACCCACACCAAUCAACUCACAGCCGAGCCCCACAAUACCCGAGUUGAUUCCUCCCCCUCCAGUGCCACCCAAUCCGGGUAGCUGUGCAAAGACCAACACAAUCUUUGCACAGAAUCCGUUUGAUGACCAACCAAUACCAUCUCUGAACAUGCCGAACAAACAAAUGAUGGCACAUGCCCAACCUGUUGGGCCACCAUCCGGCCCCUCUGAGAAGGUCUACCCGCGAAACAAGUCGAUGGUCUUUAAUCCUGCCAACCCUAAUGCCCCGCCCAUCUACCCUUGCGGCACCUGUCAUAAAGAGGUUCACGACAGUGACCAGGCCAUUCUCUGUGAGAGCGGCUGUAACUUCUGGUUCCAUCGCAUCUGCACUGGUUUGACAGAGGACGCUUAUCACCUGCUAAGGGCAGAGGUCUAUGCAGAAUGGGUCUGCGACAAAUGCCUAUCGACCAAAAAUAUCCCACUGGUGAAGAUGAAGCCAUGAAGCAAGUUUGCCAGAGGAAUAAAACACAACAACAACAACAACUUCAUUCUGAUUUUUUUUUUUAUCUCCAGUAGUACAUCACUACACACAUAUAUAAAUAUAUAUAUAUGUAUAUGUAUAUAUACACAUUUAUAUAUAUAUUUAUAUAUCUUCAUAAUCAUAACACUGAACAAAAGAACUGUAUUAGAAUAUGAUUGCUGCCAAAUCAAUCAUUACUAACAUCUUCAUAUAUCAUGUGUCAUUCUACAGACAAAUCUUUCCUUUUUAAGUUCUUUUUACAUUUUUUUUUUAUCUUUUACUUUCUUUGAAUAAAUUAAAAGAAAAAAAAAGAGAGACGAACAAACAAUAAACACCUCUUGUCAACUAGCAAUAAAGAACUAAUUGUUUAAAGCCGUCCACUGCAUAAUAA